AUGGACGGCGUACAGCAAAUGUCUGACAAAGAAUUGGUUUUCCUGUGGGUAAAUCAACUAUCGUACCCGGAAACGCGGGAAAAAGCACUGGAAAAUCUGAGCAAGAAGCGCAAUUCCAUCCCGUACCUUGCCCCGAUCCUGUGGCACAGCCUAGGUACGAUGGCGGCGUUGUUGCAGGAAAUCAUUCACAUAUACCCGUCGAUCAAUCCGGCCACCCUCACGGCACACCAAUCGAACCGGGUGUGUAAUGCGCUAGCCUUGUUGCAGUGUGUCGCCUCCCAUCCGGAAACGCGUUCUGCCUUUCUGGCCGCACACAUUCCACUGUUUCUGUAUCCGUUCCUGCACACUACCUCGAAGACGCGUCCGUUCGAGUAUCUACGUCUGACGUCGCUCGUUGUGGUCGGAGCGCUGGUAAAGACCGACGAGCAGGAAGUAAUAACGUUCCUGCUUACGACGGAAAUCAUUCCACUGUGCCUGCGUAUCAUGGAGUCGGGCUCGGAACUGAGCAAAACGGUGGCCACCUUCAUAUUGCAAAAAAUUCUGCUGGACGAUAGUGGCUUGUCGUACAUCUGUCACACGUACGAUCGGUUCUCGCAUGUUGCCAUAAUUCUGGGAAAGAUGGUAAUCUCGCUAUCGAAGGAGCCAUCGGCUAGAUUGUUGAAGCAUGUCGUACGUUGUUACCUUCGACUGUCGGAUAAUCCGCGUGCACGCGAAGCAUUGCGUCAAUGUUUACCUGAUCAGCUGCGGGAUGGAACGUUUACUGCGUGCCUGCAGGUGAACACAGUUACCAACGACUUGCUGAUGAUGCUGCUAAGGAACAUCGAUUUUUAA